GUGUGGCUUGAGCACGGGGACGGAGGGGGCGCGACUCUGACUAGUAGAAGUAGGCGAGCUACCGGCACGCCGCCCUGUCUCCCUCCCUCCUUCCCUUCGCAGUAGUCUCCCACUACUCGUCAUCUCGGCGCCGAGCGACCGAGCGAGAGAGAGCGUGGAAUCUCAAUGACCAUGCGGAUCACGAGGCGGCUCUUGCUUGCAGCGGCGGCGGCGGCGCUGCUGCUGCUGCUCGUCGCGGGGCCGGCGGCGGCGCAGGACGCGGCGGUGGAGGGCGUGGCGCCGCCGGCGGAGGAGCUCGCCGCGAACGCGAGGGCCAAGGAGGCGGCGGUGCUGUCCGCGGAGCUGGUCCAGCUCCGGGCGAAGAUCUCCGCGUUAGAGUCACGCAUUGCUGACCAGACCCUGGAGUUAAAGACCAAGGACGAUGCAAUUGAAACACUGGAUAUGAUUGUCAAGGAGAAGUCGCAGCACAUAACUACUAUGCAGAAUCAAGCAGCUUCCCUCCAGGUGAAGGGAUCUUUAGCUGCAGAGGAGCAAGCAAGCAAGGUCAAUGCACGAGUUAUUGAGCUCGAGAAGCAGAUUGAGAAGCUCAAGAAGGAUAUUACAGCACAAAAAAGCAAAAAGGCAGCCCUGGAGGCUAGGGCCGGCGAUGCAGAUAAGAAGGUGCUAGAGCUGAAUAUGAAGCUGGAGAAACUCCAGAGGACAAGCGAUGAUCAAAAGCGCAGGAUUCAGAAGAUUGAACAUGCUCUUAAAGUUGCUGAGGAGGAACUGAUGAAAGUGCAGCUGGAAACAACAACAAAAGCAAAAAAGCUGAGAGAGGUUCAUGGAGCCUGGUUGCCAUCUUGGUUGGUGACACAUGCAGCCCGCUCUAUGGAGGUGGUAUCGAAUCACUGGAACGAACAUGGGAAACCUGCCUUUGACAGCUUAUUGCAGAAGGCCUCAGAAAAAUCAGCACAGGCAAAGAAAUGGGCCGAGCCCCAUCUGGAAACUGCUAAGACGAAAUGGAUGCCUGUUGCUAAAGAAAAAUGGGCUACCUUGAAGAAAAAUGCGGAGCCUUAUGUCCAAAUGGUCUCAGAGAAAUCAGUGGAGGUUUAUCAAACAUCAAGUGACUUUAUGAGGCCUCAUCUUGUAAAUGCACAUCAAGUUGCUGAUCCCUACUUCCAGGAAGCCAAGAAAUUAUCCAAACCCUAUAUCGAUCAAAUUGCUACAGCCACUAAACCACAUGUUGAGAAAAUUAGAACUACUCUGAAGCCUUAUACUAAAAGAGCACACCAUGUAUAUGGACAAUUUCUUGAGACGGCUACUACAUAUCAUCAGCAGGCUCAGGCAACUGUCUCGGAUUACCUUCACCAACAUGAAUUUACAAAACAAUUUGUGACUGAUGAGUUGGUGUGGUAUCUGGCUGCUGCUUUGUUGGUUAUGCCCAUUUUUGUUUUAUACACACUCCUAGUUGACGCAUUCUGGUCUUACCAAGAAGCAGAAGAAAACCCCACCGAGCAGUAAUGCCAACCAUGGGCAUCGGAGACAUAAGCGCCGGCAUGCUGACAAAUAGAUCGUAGAUAAACACUUCAGGCUUGUCUAUGGUGUGCCACAUUGUAAUGGAAGAAGUUGUACCAUGCAGAUCAUGAAGUUUGGCCAUGUUACCUUUCAGGCUUUCACUGAUGAGUUCGUUGUCAGGCAUACACACUACAUGGUGAUCUGGUGUCAUCGCUGAACCUUGCUGUGUAUCCAAGAGUUGCAAUACACACAAGAACUAUAUUUCUGCCCCCAAUGUGUGGGCAGAGUUGUAGGUGCGGUUUGUAUUUCAUCACUGAUUAGGGAUUGCGACCUUAAAUCUAUGGGUGUUCAUUUCAUUGUUUAUUUGUUGUAGCCUUGUGCAUGUGUUUGAGCUUUGUGUCUACUCGUCCUUUGUUGCGUCU